AUGCAGAAGGUGGAAGUGUCGUGCGUGGUGGGUGAGGCGGUUUCUUGUUUCCCCCUCAGCCCCACAGUGGCGUCUUACUUCCACGGGCCCCGCGGUGCGGCUGGAGAGCUGGCGGUUGCUCUUGAGGCGGCAGCGGCUGUGUCACUGCAGGGGUUUGUGUGUUUUUGUAGCCGCAUGGUGGAAGCAGCUGCUGCGCGUGUCUUCGUGCUGCUGCUUCCAGGUAUCGCUUGUGACAGACGGUGUUGGUGGGUGCCACUGGGCUGCUUCAUUUUUGUUUUGUUUUGUUUUAUCUUUAUCUUUACGCUGCGCCGCACUCCUGUUGCAGAGUGCUGA